AUGUUUUGGAGUAACGGGAAUUCCCUAUGAUAGGAAGUCGAAGUGAAAUACGCUUUAAUUUAUUGAAAUGACGCUCCAAGAAACGGUGGCACACGAAGAGCAACACGACGAAGUAGAAAUCCUUCUUCCGAAUACCACCAUCGUAACCCAUUGUAUCUUGAAAAAUGACAUUCCACGACUGAUAAAAUCAUUUGAAGAUGAGGCAGAUCCUUUCAAAGAAACCAUUGCAGAACUGAUAAACAAACGCGAUCCUGACGGGAAGUCGCCAUUAGAUAUUGCAGCAACACUGGGGCGUUCUGAAAUUGCGAAGGAAUUAUUGCAACGAGGAGCAGAUGUUAAUUCCAUUACCCCAAAGGGCUACUGUGCCUUGCAUCAUGCGGCUGCCUGGGGCCAAAUGGCAGUCCUCAAGGUUCUUGUGGAGUUCAACUUCAACCUGCAGCAGCGUAACACACAUGGUGAGCGUGCCAGAGAGACGGCACUGCGGUACAACCACCCAGAGUGUGUCGACUACCUCGACUGGGCAGAGGCUCGGUUUUUCCUCAUGGAGACAUGCAGAACCACUCAGGAGACCGUACAGGAUGCUGAGAAGGUCAUGGGACGUUUGACCAAGGAAGAUAAGAGUAUAGCGUUAAAUUGCUGCAAGGAGAGAUUGGAGUGGAUUGAUGCAAACCAAGGCGCUACCACCCAGGAUUUCAUUGACCAGAAAAACGCCCUGGUCGAGAUACUUGGACCAAUCCUGCUGAAGAUUUCUGAGCCCCCCCCCGAAAAACCAGAAAAAAAGUAAAUAGGUGAAACAAAAGGCAGUACUUGUGCCUGGAGUGAUUGUCUGUGAUAUGAAGUCAGUGAACUAACAGAAUACGUGGCCGUAACAAAGAAGACUUGUCAGUUCUCAUAUAUUGAUACUAUUGAUUGAUAAUAUUAUUCUUUUCUUUUUUUUUUCAUAGCUAUAUACAUGUAUAUACUCAAAGUGAAAUUAUUUGACUCUAUCAAUUAACUAGAUUUUACAUGUACUUACUAUUUUUAACUGAGAUAUGUGUAACUAAUAUCAUGGAUUGUAAUGUCUGCGUAAUGUGUAUAAUUUUAGGAAAAUUGUUAUACAUGUAUAUAAGGAACUGUUAGAAAGCAUAACAAACAAAUGUAUGUGUACCUGAAGUUCACAUGUUUAAAAUGUGUUGUUGUUGUUUUUUUUCAAUCUAAUUUUGACAAUUAUAAAUGAAAUCAGUUAGUAUAUUGUCCAAAAUAAAAUCUGUUAUUUUCCUCGACUGCGUCACAUUUUGUUUGAUAGCGAACAUUGUUGAAUUAAAGACAAAGACUUAUGCAGAACA